AUGAAGGUCAAGAAGGGUCUCAAGCGUCUCUGCUGCCACCAAAUUACUGACCACGAAGACCACAGUCGGCAGGGCUUUGGUCGAGGCAAUACCAAGUCGAACCAGAACCUCAAAGCCAGUUACAACAAUGGUGCACAGUCUGCCCAACAGCAGCCUCCGAUGCCUCCUCUAGUCAAUUCGCCCUCCAUGUCGUCCACCUACAGUCAAGAAGUCCCCUACAACGAAGCCGAGCCAAAGAAGUUCCUCAACGAGAAACAUGCGAAAUGUUCCGUCAAGGGCAACUUUCUCACGCUUGCUGCUCAACCUAAGAAUGUCGAUUUGGGAGAAUGGCUGGCACAUCAACUGGUCGAGAUGAACCGGUUAUUAGCUGGCAUGAUUCAGGUCAUCCAAGAAGUGGAUACCAAUAAUGGCAUGGCGCUAUGCAACGAAGUCACAUGUCCCACCAUGUCCGCCGGACGACUCACAUACACAUGGCUUGAGAACGCAUGGAUCGUCGGCAAAAUCCACGACCCUCACGUCUUCCCUACCGACCCACCCAAGGACGUCCAAGAGACCGCAUAUGCCUCAGGCGGUCCUGGCAACACCCUCCCUCCCAUUGGCGCACCCCCAUCCAACCUCAACCAACCCAUGUCCACGCUCGCUGGCUCCAACCAAGAUUGGAUCGGCAAAGCCUCUGGCUUCCCUCCCAAUUUCCACCAAGACGUCAAGAGCAUCAUCAAGCAGAUGUUCCGGUGUUACGCCCAUCUCUAUCACUGCCACUGGGACAACCCGUUCUGGCACAUCAACCGCCACCUCGAGCUCAACAGCUGCUUCGUGCACUUCAUGACCGUCGCAAUGUACUACGACUUGCUUCCGAAGAAGGAUAUGGAGCCGCUUCAGGGACUUGUUGAUAUCUUCAUCAGCCAGGGAGUCAUUCCGAGGGAGGCUGUCCAGAUGCAUGUAUCAUGA